UAUUUUAUGGUGUCGUGCUAGCACAAAAUUUUAAAAACUAAUAUAAUUAUCAUCAUAUUUCGCAAUAAUUGUAUAAAAAUAUUCGAAAUUCUGCCUUUUAUCCAAUAUUCUAGAUGUAAAUUCAACACUUUAUCGCUAAAAUGGCAGGUGUUUUCGAUUUGGAACUACAUGAUGUUGAAACAGUAGAAGUGGAUGAUUCAGACGAUGCAAUUGAAAUUGAAGAGGAUGAAUAUGAUCAAAAUCCUAAUAUUAAUGCCAUUGUUGAAACCGAUGACACUGAAACAGUUCAACUGACAGAACAAAUUGUGAAUCCUGGUCAGGAAAAGACUGGUCCUCAAGACUUUGAACUACGCAAAGUCCUUGGCAAAGGAGGUUAUGGAAAAGUGUUUCAAGUUAGAAAAAUUACUGGCAAAGACACCAAUACUGUUUUUGCUAUGAAGGUACUCCGUAAAGCUUCCAUAGUUAGAAAUCAAAAAGAUACUGCCCACACAAAAGCAGAAAGAAAUAUUUUAGAAGAAGUUAAGCAUCCUUUUAUAGUGGAUUUGAUAUAUGCCUUCCAAACUGGUGGAAAAUUGUACUUAAUCUUAGAAUAUCUUAGUGGUGGUGAACUUUUUAUGCAUCUAGAAAGAGAAGGAAUAUUUUUAGAAGACACUGCUUGCUUUUAUUUAUCUGAAAUAAUUCUCGCCUUAGAACACUUGCAUGGACAAGGAAUUAUAUAUAGAGACCUUAAGCCUGAAAAUAUUUUAUUAGAUGCUCAGGGACAUGUUAAAUUGACAGAUUUCGGUUUGUGUAAAGAACACAUCAACGAAGGAAUACUUACUCAUACUUUUUGUGGAACAAUCGAAUAUAUGGCUCCAGAAAUAUUGACAAGACAUGGUCAUGGAAAAGAGGUUGAUUGGUGGUCAUUAGGUGCCCUUAUGUAUGAUAUGCUAACUGGUGCUCCUCCUUUUAGUGCCGAAAAUAGGAAAAAGACAAUAGAAAAAAUCUUAAAGGGGAAAUUGAAUCUUCCUCCUUAUUUAACAGGCGAUGCUCGCGAUUUAGUGCGUAAACUGCUGAAGAGGCAGGUGACUGCUAGAUUGGGUGCUGCGCCCGAAGAUGCCGGCGCAGUUAAACGUCAUCAAUUCUUCAAACACAUUGUAUGGGAAGACGUUCUGCGAAGGAAAUAUGAACCUCCAUUUAAACCUAGCCUUACAAGUGACGAUGAUGUCUCUCAAUUUGAUACAAGGUUUACAAAACAAACGCCAGUGGAUUCUCCAGAUGAAUCUACGCUUAGUGAAAGUGCCAACUUAAUAUUUCAGGGAUUCACAUAUAUAGCACCAUCUGUAUUGGAAGAAAUUUAUAAACCAACUGUAGUUAAAGCCAGAUCUCCUCGUAAAUCCGGUUCGUAUAGGCCGCACUUCGGUUUCCAUCCCACACAGCAUAGUAGUAAUGUCUUAGAUCCUAAUAAUUAUGCGGGUACAACCUCCUCACACGCAAAUCACCACCAUGCGCAUCAUGGGCCUCCACACCAUCCUCAUGCCCAUCAUCAUAAUCCUUUUGCCGCAAAUACGUUCAAUUUGGCGCCCAUGGCGGUCGCAGAUGAAAUGAUGGAAGUCAGCAGUGGAUUACCACAUGUAUAGUGUACUGUUCGUCUUUUUUAAAUAAGAAUGAUAGAAAGAUAUUUGAUAGGAAACCGAUUUAAUAGUUCAAUUUUGUUUUUUUUAUAUAUAAUUAUUAUUUAAUUGACAAAGGUGUCAAAUUUUCUCUUAGCAUACGACAAUGCAAUACCAAAUAAUCGAUAAAUCUAUAAUAGUCUAGAUUUUCAUAUUUAAUUUUAUUAUGAUAUUGAUAAACAUGUUUUUAAUUAUUCAUUUGAAAAGUAUUAAAAGAGUAAAAUUGGAAAAACUGGGUUCUAUUUUUGCAUAAUUUGUUUUUUUUUUUAUUUAAUACUACUCCAUACUGCCAAAUAGGUAUUCAUAUAUAGAUAAUCUUUUAGUACUUACAUGCAGUAGAACCCAUGUUUUCAAAAAUUCUAGCUAACUAGAAUAUCCUCUUUAUUGAAUUACAAAGAGUGAUCCACAAAAAAAUGUUUCUAAAGUAGGCUAUGACUGACAAAGAUAGAUACGAGUCAUAUUCGUUAUAAGUACGCAUGGCUCUGAAUUAAAUUCAAACUGGCAUUUAGAAUAAACCAAGAAUUGUACGCUCUGACAUUUGUAAUUUUUCCAUGGCUGACUUUAAAAACAUUUUUAUGGAUCACUCCAUAUUAUAGAAAACGAGGGUGAAUCAAACAAUAAUUUUUUAUUAAGUAAUUUAUUGAAGCAUAG